UGUAGUCAACGAAGUGGUUUUGAAAUCAGUUGUUUUUAACAUAAAGUUGUACCUUCGUUUGGCCUUAGGAUUGGGCCAAUUAUCAGUACGAAGGCAUUUGAGGUUUGAGGUCGGCGAAGUCAGGUCUGCGGACAACUUAGGCAUUGGAACGGAGUGUGUGGUUGAUGGUGCACGCGGUAUACUUCGAGUCGCCGACGUUAAAAUGUCAGGGCAACAUGGCGGAGGCGGUGAUUCGGUCGCUGAAACCCCAGUAGCCCCAGAAAGUGGAGUAUACCCUCCGGAGGAGCCAUCAAGUAAGGAUGAAGGCGUGAAGGAUGUUAGGCAGAAAGAGGAUCAAGCGAUUUCAACGGCCAUAGAGAACAGACGGGUUCAGCGCAUCUCAUCUGACUUGCGCGGAGUAGUCAGAUGGUACAAUUCUCGACUUUGCUACGGAUUCAUCGAACGGGAGGAUACUAAAUGUGAAUUGUUCGUCCAUCGCAACUCUGUUGUGAUGGCACCGGGUGAACCGGUGUUUCUUCGAGCUGAGUCCGAAGUCCUUUUCGACUUGUGGACACUUUCCGAUGGCCGUCUUGAAGCUCAGGCCGUGCGUGCCAUUAAUGGAGAGCCUAUUUCUCUGCGAGGCACCCGAACAACAGGGCCACCCCGUAGCUUUCAUUAUGCUGUUCAUGCCGCCAGAAUUUAUGACAUUUUGUGUCAGCCCAAUGUUUACGGAUGCUGUGUGCCAUCGUACUGUCCGUGUUGUGCUAGGCCGAUUUGGCACGGAGCUGGAGGUGCCGCAGGCGCUAACGGAGGCCGUUCGAGACGCGGCCUCGCAGACGCGUCUGGGUCCAACGGCGGCCAGAAUAGAAGAUCUGUGCAGUACGUGGGCCAGCCACUGGACAAGUGGGCAUAAACUGACGGGUAGAGGGCAGAGAAGAAGCAAAAAGUCCUUUCAUACUCUACCCCCUACUUUGACUAAAUACACGCGU